GGCUGGGACCUCCAGGGAGUGUGCGCGUGCCCGCCCUAGGCCAGUCUUCCUCAAAUGCCUUUAGUCUCUGAUUUCCAUCUAAAGUACAAGCUGACUCCGAAGGUUUUUAAUGCCCUCGGGGGCAGGGAGCGCGUGGACUCAAGUCUGCUACCGCCAGGGAGAUCCGACGUGCGACGGGGUGGCCUCGGGAGGUGCGAGUUCAGGGCCCAGCCUGGGGGCUGACAGCCGGGCCGAUUCUGGUACAAGGAGAACGAGGACUCUGGGGAGCGGGGCGCACACAACAACGCAGGCGGGAGGCGCACGGCCGGGCCCACCUGGGCGAGGCUCCCGCGGGCCGCUUUAAGGCGCAGGCCACAGCGGCUGGGGGCGUGGUCCCGAGCCCCGCCCCCGUGCCGCGCGGGCGCAUAGGCUGUGCGGGGCGCGGGCGCGUGGCAGCGCUUUGAACCGGCGCGGGUGCUGUAGGCUGGGCCGGGGUCCUCCAGGGUCCUUCGGGCCAUGGCGGCCGAGGCGCGAGUGUCACGCUGGUACUUCGGAGGCCUGGCCUCCUGCGGGGCCGCCUGCUGCACGCACCCACUGGACCUGCUCAAGGUGCACCUGCAGACCCAGCAGGAGGUGCGGCUGCGCAUGACGGGCAUGGCACUGCAGGUGGUGCGCUCCGACGGCAUCUUGGCGCUCUACAACGGCCUGAGUGCCUCGCUGUGCAGACAGAUGACCUACUCCCUGACCCGGUUUGCCAUCUAUGAGACUGUGCGGGACAGCGUAGCCAAAGGCAGCGAGGGGCCUCUCCCCUUCUACACCAAGGUGUUGCUGGGCUCUGUCAGCGGUUUAACUGGAGGCUUCGUGGGGACUCCUGCGGACUUGGUCAACGUCAGGAUGCAGAAUGACAUGAAGCUGCCACAGGGUCAGCGGCGCAACUACGCCCACGCCCUGGAUGGCCUAUACCGAGUGGCUCGAGAAGAGGGUCUGAAGAAGCUAUUUUCGGGCGCCACUAUGGCAUCCAGCCGUGGGGCCUUGGUCACCGUGGGCCAGCUGUCCUGCUAUGACCAGGCUAAGCAGCUGGUCCUCAGCACUGGAUACCUACCUGACAACAUUUUCACUCACUUUGUCGCCAGCUUCAUUGCGGGAGGAUGUGCCACGUUCCUGUGCCAGCCCCUGGACGUGCUGAAAACUCGCCUUAUGAACGCCAAGGGGGAGUAUCAGGGUGUUUUCCACUGUGCAGUGGAGACAGCAAAGCUCGGGCCACUGGCCUUCUACAAGGGCCUCUUUCCUGCUGGCAUCCGUCUCAUCCCUCACACUGUGCUCACCUUCGUGUUUUUGGAGCAGCUCCGCAAACACUUUGGCAUCAAAGUGCCAUCCUGACCGAGAUGUGGGUACAGGCUGGGCCACCAGGGCCAGAUUCUUCCAAAGGGUCCCAGGGUGGUCACUGGAGCCUCACACCUGCUCCUGGAGCCCUGGCCCCUCCUCUGGGGCCCCGCCCUACUCUCUGGCUUGCUGGCUGAGCUCAUUCCAGUGAUCUUUGUCCCCUCCCUGGCCCUUCCUGCCCCACUUCCACAAUGGCUGGCCCCCUUCCUGGGCUGGAGCCACUUCUCUCACAGACCUGAUGCUUGAGCCCACAAGCGUUUCUAUCAGCACUUGGGGGACAUCGCCUGUGUGCACAUGCACCUUCUAUCUCCCAAGAGAAACUCAUGCUUGUAUGUCCUGUGACUAGCUACAGCUCCCAAGGUGCCUGCUCCCAGCUGAAGUGAACAAAACACAGAUCAGGAACCAGCGUCAGGAAGGAGAGGCUUCAGAGCAGACGAACAUGGUCCCCAAGGUCCCUGCCCACCCCCAGCCGCCAUCCCCUGAUUGCUUUAAUGGGUAGUUUUGCCAAAACUUCUCAAUGCUAAGAGGCUGUUGCUGUCUUCAAGGACUGUGCCCAUGUCCCUCACGCCACCUUUAUUCUUUCCUCCUGGUUCCUUGGGGGAACAGGACCCACACUGGGCUGCGGGGCCUGAAGCAAGCAAUAGGUUGCAUCGUGCGGGCCGCCCGUGUGGAUGGCUGCUGACCCAUAGCCCACUGGUCCAGUUCUGCUGCCAGAGCUGCUUAUACUCUGGCAACAGAGCUGGCUGCUGCAUCCAGCUGCUUUCCUAGUCCCCUGGAAGGGCUGCAGCCCACCCAGCUUUGCAGUGGCUGCUAAUAAAGAUGGGAGCCAUCCGGGGACAAUGACA